GUUGAGUUGGAAAUACGGUGUGGGAGCUACAUGGUUUCGGGACGUAUUGUUGGCGUUCUCGCGUUCGGUCUUGGAUUCCUGUGUGGCUACUAUUUUCAUAUCCUCCACUUACGAUACCUUCGCAAAAAGCAAAGUUUUUUUCAAAACCGCCUCAAGGACGUUGAGGAGAAACUCAGAAGUUACUGAAACUUAGAUGAUCAUUUGCUAUAAGUGUGUAAAUGUCUUCUCACUUAAAGGAAGAUUUGUAUGGUAUUUCCUGGUCAAACCCAGCAUGGAGCCAUUUCCUGUGCUCGGCAAAUAUUCUUGACUAUUUCUGUGAUCUCUCAAACCCCUUUUACGAUAGACAGUGCAAUAAUGAAGUUAUUCGUAUGCAGAGGCUCCAUCCUGAGCAACUGUUAUGUAUGACAGGUGUUGAGUUUUACCUUCAUCAUUCCCAAGAGCCCAUAUUGUUCAUAAUUCGGAAACAACAGCGUUUAUCACCUACUCAAAUCACACCAUUGGCUUAUUACUACGUGAUUAAUGGAACGGUACUUCAAGCUCCAGAUCUUGCCACUCUCUUGAAUUCUCGUCUACUAACAACAGUUGUUGGCUUAAAGAAAGUAAUCCAGAUGUUAGUUCCUUGUGCUCGAUAUCAUCCUUCAGAUGGUUCAUAUUCAUGGGACGAUCCAAAUGUCUUACUUGGAUGUAAUACAGAGUUGGAUCAAAAUUAUGAAAAACUUCAGUCAAUUUCAAAUACUGAAAGAGAUCAGUCAAAAAUAGCAAAUAUAUUUCAGGUUCAAAGAACAGAUGCUCUACUUACUGAGUGGAUGAAUCGUUUUCCUGCUCCAUCAGCAGUUUUGUUCAGAAUCUGGUUAAUUUGGGACAGACAUCAUCUUCACUCACAACUACCACCUCUUCAAUUCCUUCUUCUGUAGGUAAUGUGAGUGGAAUGGCUUCUGUUUCAUCAGCUCAAACUAUUGGAAAGGAGGAAAAUCUUCAGACCAGUUCUAAUUCUCCUGCUAAACUGCAUUCAAGGUUGCCAACGUUACCAGGUGUUUCUGUUGUCCCUGGACCUUUACCAAGUACAUCUUCACAAUCAUCACUCCUUACAGAUAAAAAACCUCGUAUUUAACAUUUACUAUUCAAUGUAGUUACAAUGUACACAACUAUAUUUGAAAUGAAUAUUUUGUAUUACUA